GCGUUACGCAAGGCAGGCGCCCGGUGCCCUGGCGAACCCCCUCUACAGCGUUUAAUUCUCUCCACGUUUUCCCCCGCCUAUCACAAUCUCCCCUUCAUGACCCAUGCAUCGCACAACUAUUAACUGAACUGUGUGCAGCUAUCUAUCCUUCUUCUCCGGUUGUUGUUGUUGUACUUCCCUAAGAGUCGAAGGACCACGUGAGGGCGGCUAUCGGCUGCAGCUGGUAAAGUCCCGCCCCGCUUGGAAAACGCCUCUUCCUCCUCGCAGCUUUUAUAGGCAGCAGAUCUACCUGGCCGAAAGUUUGGACGUGGAGAGCGGCCUCCUUGGUAGGUGGCGUUAGUGGGAUCAUAUGGUCCUGGUACGCCAUUACCAUCCACAGGAAGAAGAAGAAGAAGAAGCCGAAAGUUUGUGGUGCUCGCCAGCGUGUGAGAAUGUGGCUGUGGGUCGCCUUGCUGCUGGCUGCGCUCGCGAGGGCGGACAUUGUCGACAUCCCGCCGCACAACGAGACGGCGCGGGUCGCGCGCUAUGUGGCGCAUGCCUGCGAUUGGGGCGCGCUGGCCACGCUCUCCACGCAAGAGUCGCCGAUGCGGGGCCAGCCCUUCGCCAAUGUCUUCUCCGUGAGUGACGGGCCGAAUGGACCGCACGGCUCCGGGGUGCCCUACAUGUACCUGACGGACCUGGAGAUCUCGGUGCAUGACCUGAAGGUGAAUGCAAAUGCCUCCCUAACGAUGUCCUUGGCCCAGACUCCUUACUGCAAGGAGAAAGGUUAUGAUCCUCAGAAUCCUCUGUGUGCCCAUGUGAUCUUUUCUGGAAUAGUUGAGAAGCUUGAAAAUGGCACUGCAGAAGCAGAGAAAGGCAAGAAAGCACUAUUCAGUAGACAUCCUGAAAUGAAAACGUGGCCACGAGAUCAUGGCUGGUACAUUGCCAGAUUUAACAUUGCUAGUAUCUGGGUCCUGGACUACUUCGGUGGAAUCAAAACUGUGACUCCAGAAGAAUAUUUUAAGGUCAUACCCUAGUUCAAAGACUUCUGGUUGAAAUGAAUAUGUACCCCUUCACUGGUCACUUUCAUAAGAAAAUGUGGAUGCUACUAUAACUGAAACUACAUUGCAGAAUCCCAAAUCUGUGUGUUCCUUUCACAUCUCUAAUGGAUUGCUUGUGCUGUGUGAACUUCCUACAAAAAUGACUUUAAAAUCUGGAGUCCAUGCCAAUGAAAUCUAAUUCCAUGUACAAAGCAUUUUGAAUAUGCAGAUCUAUUUAUUUGGUUUUAUGACUUUGAUUUUAAAUAAUUCUAAUUCUUUGAGCAAGCUCAUCCAAAGGAAAAUGCAGUUGGAAUACCUCCCUAAAAUGGAGUAGAAUAAAAUUGCAGUUGGAAGAAAGAAUCUGAUAUAACAUAAUGGCCGGGUUUAUAGCACUUUUGAUAAAUAAGGUCUUAGUUAGCAACAGCAUUAAGCUAUAUGCCUUGCAGGGGUAAAGACAAAUAUUUGCAAUAGGCAUGGGAAACUACAAAGUGGGGGAAGGUGGCUAGGUGCAUGCCAGAAACCACAACAGAUUCGGACACAAAAAUAGAAUAUGUCUAUACUCCUGGCAGUUUAGGGUCUGUCUAUCCUCUGAGCACAUGAUUGGUAAGAGACCAACCAAACUUAUGGAUAUAUGCCAGGCCAGCAGGGUUUGUUUGGAAGGGGAAAUCUAGUUGGAAUAAAAGUGCUUUAAAACCUAUUUAACCUUGUAUGAGUUUGCGUGGCAAUUCAUCUAAUUCUUGACAGUGGUUAAAAGCUUUAUUAGACAAACUGCCACGCAAUGAACACAUACAAAACUAAAUGUAUUUUAAAGCAGGUGGAUACCUCUGCUGCUGCACACUGUAAGGGAAAUUUUUAAUGUUUACUUGUAAGAUUAAAAAGGCCCAACAGCAUUCCUCAUCUUUUUUUUUAAUGUAACGUUCUUAAAAGGCUAAAGGACUCCUCAGUGAGCUGGCACAAGCUGCCUUUCAUCUUAAAAGCAAAUAUUAAAAACUUCCUUUACAGUGUGUAGUAGCAGGGGGUGCCCACCGUGCUACGUACAAGAAUCUCUGCACAAGUAACAGCCAGCUAGAAUGCUAAGGGUAGAUAUUGUCGAAUCCCCGUAAACCAGCAAUUUUGCUUUUUGUAAGAGAAAUAAAGAUAUUGUCCAUUAAAAGGAUCCUAGGGAAAGAUUUCUGAGGUCUGUUAAAUCAGUGGGAUCACUUUCCUUAAUAGUUAGUUCUUUUAUUGCAGCCGUGGGCCAAACAGGGAUCACUUUCCUGAUAUUGUUAAACUUUGCUUUUUGUCGAGUGAUAACUCUUAUAUUACAAAGUGUAUGGCAAAUUUUGCCUAUGCUGCCAAGAAAAUCAGGGAAAUUACAAAAGAAAUUGUAGAAUCUAACUUGGUGAUUGAUGUGAUUAACUACAUUUUUUGAUGAGACAAAUCCCAUUUUCCUGUUGAUAUUGUUAAGGCUGGCUGUAUAACAAUAAAGCGUGACUUGAACAAUA